CCUAAAGAACGUCCAGCUUCUCUGGUAGGUUCGAUUUUAUCUAAAGUGGGUGAAGAAUCAAAAAGGCAAGCAAAGCCAAUGACGGCACCCACGUGACCGAGGAAGAAAUCAGAAAACUGUUGCGCACAAGCACCCGAAACCCAUCCUCCUCGUUUGCUUUAUCACCCACGAUCAUGUACGUCGUCCCAGAUAGCAACGUAACAGUUCAGCCACUUUCCCGUCCCGUGGAGCGCGCUAUCUCUCAUCGUGACUAUACGAUGUUGCAGCAGCUGCUGCAGAAGGAGAAGCAAGAUAAGGAAGAGCAAUUGCGAGAGCAACUGAAACAGCAGUAUGCUGUACAAGAACAGAAGCAGUUGGAAUUAGCACUUUAUCGCUUGGCUUACUGGAAAUCUCUUGCACGUCAACGUCGUGAAGAGCAAAUUCAGCGUGCUAUUCAAACUUACCGACAGAAGCAACUGAUCCGUGCAGUGGAAGAACAGGUUUAUCGGCGUAAAAUCGCCGAGGCUUUGGAACAACGUCAAAAUGAGAUGCUCAAAAGUCGAUACUUGCAAGAUGCGCGCGCUCAGCUAGCUCAAAGACAAAGCCAGUCGCCCAGACUAGUUGCUUAUCCCAAACUAGAGCGAUCUUUUGACGACUACAAGGCCAAGCACAUGUGCAAUGUACUCCGCCACUGUUUUGCUAACGAGGACUGGGAACAAGAGCCGGUCGAGGACGAUGGUAACCCUGACUGGGUCGAUGAAGACGACGAGGAUGAUGAACAAGCUCUUCAGCAGUCCUUGUGGAAUCGGUUGACCAUGGCGGAAGAGCCGGAUGAGAUGGAAAAUGAAGACGAGCUGGGUGGUGCAUUUACCCUACGUGAUCUAUCGCAAAACGUGCCACAAGUACCAGCUACUAGAUAUGAAUUUCAAGAGGAAAAGCAGCCGGAGGUUGAAGCGGAGCAAGAGCCUACGGCUCCUGAUGAGCUUCCAACCUACAGACAAGCAGGGGCUGAUCAAGUGUAUAAUUUUGAAAGUACUCCAACUGCCCCAGAUGAAAAGUCAUAUGAACCAGACGAUCCAUAUGUCGAAGAAGAGGAGUCUAAUCAAGAACAGACUUUACAAGAGUUUUUACGCCAACUUAUGCAGCGACGUAAGGGUGACACUGAUGAAAGGGCAUUUGCAUAUGAUGAAGCAAAGCCUGAAAAGCAGCAACAGGAACAGCAGAAGCUACAGGAAAGGCAGCAGCAAGAGCAGCAGCAAAGGCAGCAAGAACAGCAGCAAAAACAGAAAGAACAGCAGCAGAAACAGCAGCAGAAACAACAGCAGGAACCUCCGACCAUACUAGAGCCAUCUGCCAAAACUACCCACCUGGGAGGCUAUAUUCCAGAGGAUAUCAUCACUGAAGCUGAACCUACGCCUGCUAAUGAAUUUGAAGAAGGUGAUAUUAUGGCACAAGAUACAUCAGAUGUAGUACCACCUCAAGCGGCUGUCCCGACCGAAGAAGAAGGAGUGGAUGAGAAGGCAAAGCAAGCACAACUUGACAAACUAGCGGCGAUCGAACGAAAGCUUGAUGAAGUCAAGCAUACUCAUGCAAGUGAAGCGAUUGGACCGCUCACGUUUGACACGACCACCAAACGCAAAACACUGCCUGCCACAACUAAGCCCAACAAAGAGUUCUUGCGACGAGAGGAAGAACUGGUGCAAUUGCUGUUACAGCUCGAUGCAGUGGAUUCUAUGGGCCAAGCGGACAUUCGUAACCGUCGUAAACAUGCCGUUGCUACAGCGGAAAAACUACUGGAGGCUUUGGAUGAUUAUAAAUCCACCUCCAUAUAGGUUCGUAAGGGGAUGAACGUUAUAUCCGCCCACCCGCCCAUUGACUGAAACUCUGUUUUUGUAAAUACAACAUUCUCUUUUUUUUUUAUUUUUGCACAAAAAUGAAUGUUUUGGGGAAUUUUUUUUUUUUUUCUAAUAUAAGGUCGUUACAAAAAAAAAAAAAAAAAAUG